AUGGACGACUUCAUCGACGACGAGACGCCGUUCGCUGUUUCCUUCCCUUUACCGUUUCGCGUCCUCUUCCUGGUCGGCUUAGGCAUUCUCGGUUGGGCUGCGAAUCUGCACGGUCUUACCUUGCUGGGAGUUGACGUGUCGAGUGCUUUUGGCUUGAGUAUCCAUGCAGGCCAUACGACGCCUUUACCCACAGACCGCCAGGCUGGGUCGAGAUUCACCUCUUUCCAUGGACCCAUGUAUCGUCUCUUCAUAUCCUACUCUACCUGGUGCUUUCUGGCCUGGAGUAUCUUCCGAUUUUCAGCCGGAAACGAUCCCAUGUUAGUCGAUGUCUUCAAGUACAUCCCUGGUAUCGCAUGUCUGGGUGUACUGUUGCUGGUCAUAUGUCCUUUCAACGUUUGCCAGAAACGUGAGCGCGAUGCCUUUCUUCUGUCCCUACGCAGGUGUAUAACGCCCCCGUCUCAUCGGCAAACAUACUUCUGUGAUAUCGUUUUUGCGGAUAUCCUCACUUCCUUUGCUAAGGUUGUCGGGGAUAUAUGGCUGUCCUUGUGUAUGCUAUGGCCUGGAGGCAGUCUUCUGGAGCUACCAACACAAAGCGGCCUUUCGCGGUGGGUUCUUCCCAUCCUAAUGAGUUUGCCGUAUGCCGUGCGGCUUCGCCAAUGUUUGAUUGACUACUACAUCCCGGGGAACGAGAGUCGACGCCCUCUAUAUAAUGCAUUGAAGUAUGCGACUUCCUUUCCAGUCAUCUUUUUGUCGGCCGCCCAACGAAUAGUAGUGACCGAGCUCGUCGCAGAGAAAGGGGAGAAAGUGGCUAACGAGGCUUGGCACGGGGAGCAUCAGCUAUUUCGACUAUGGCUGUUGUCUGCUCUGGUGAACUCGCUGUAUUCCUUCUGGUGGGACCUCACGAAUGAUUGGGGGCUGGAUCUCUUGAAGAUCCAAUCGUCGGAGAACCGCAGUGCUCGAGUGCCAAGGCCUUUGAUUCUGCCAUCAUUGCAUUCUAGAUCCGAAUCAAUCACCAGCAAUACCGCUUCCUCCUCGUCCUCAGGCCGAGAGGAUGGGUCAGACAGGCCUUGGCUAUCACCUCGUCAAAAUCAAGCAUAUCCUAAUGGUCUUCGCCCGACGCUAUUAUAUCCCCUUCCUGUGUAUCCCCUCAUCAUCUUCCUCAACCUUGUACUACGCCUGACAUGGUCAAUCAAACUCUCCAGUCACCUGCACUUCUACACGGAAGGCAGCGUUGUCAUAUUCUGGCUAGAGAUGGCAGAAUUGUUCCGACGGUGGAUGUGGGUGUUCGUGCGUGUAGAGUGGGAAGUCGUGCGGAGGACUGAGGAGGCGGGGUACAAGGCUGGUGGGAGUUACGAUGCCGAAGAAUACGAACUGCUAUCCCCGAAUGAGGAACAGAGCAAACCUGAGAGCUGAUUAAGUGCUGUCACUGUGGGCGGCUUUUGGACACGAGACUAUCUGUGUAGCACCUGAUAAUACCCUACUGGUAAUAGACAAUGUUCUAAUGCAUAUGACCGGUUCCAAGUAAGAAUCUACGGCCAUGGUUCCCAUUGUC